GAUUGUUGAGUAUCCACAUAAAUUCAGCUAGAUGGCGCCAGUCGGUAGUUCCACAGCUGAUUUGGAGACUCAAUUUGACGGUCUUGAAAAAUGCAUAAUAUCAUAGGCCGAUGUUCAAACUGUAUACCUUAAAUCGUGUCUGCUCCUAGGGCGUAAUCACUAUAUUAUUAUCAAGUGACAGAGUUUCCCGGGGAUUUUUGAAAUUCGACAAGUUUAGUGGUUGGCACUUAGCAGUGCUGUUAAUGUUAAUAAUUAACUCAAGUUAAUAAAUUGUCGUUUAUCUACAACUCGUUUUAAUUUACUAGCUUAACAACCAAACACCUUUUAAAUAGGUACUCUGGCAAUUUUGUAAACAAUAAUGUAAAAAUAAACAACUCGUCCUAAAAACAAAUAAGUUACUACUUACUUAAUACUGUGUUAGUUUUUGACAGAAAAACAUUUCUAGAAUAUAAUAAAAUAAAUCAAUAUUAGAAGGUUUCUUGAAAUUAAUAACAAUGUCGUUUAGAGAACCAUCACUAGAUGAACAAAUACAUGAAUUACAGGAAGAGGAUAGUAUUUUAUCUUUCUAUCCGGCAGAGAUCGAUGCUGAAGAUACCGAUAAUCUUAAUAUUUCAGAAGAAAAUAUUAUUAAAUAUGAGAACACGUACAGAAUGGAUUCGAAAAAACCAUUCGACGAACGCCUAGCCAAGGUAGUAUUAAAAACUGAAAUUGAAAGCCAUUUUAACGACGAAACUAAGUACGACCAAAAUGAAGCAAUACAAAUCUGUAUUAAUAUUUCAGUUAACGUAAGAAAUAGAAUUCGGGAAAUGGAUUUUGAUAGGUAUAAAAUAGUUUGCAUUGUCGGAAUUGUGGAAAAGAAAAGCCAAGGAGUGUUAUCAAAAGUUAAAUUUUUACGCGAUAUUAGUAGAGAUAAAUACGUCAAAACCAAGUUUGAAAAUAAUAAUCUAGUUGCCACUAUUGUCGUAGGUGCAUUUUAUCAUGAAUGAAUCCUUCAAAAAGUCGUUGACUAGAGAACUGAUAAUAAAUGUGACUUGAAUGAAAAAUAUGAUUAAAUCA